AUGAGCGGAAAAGUCACUGCUAUCGGUAUCGACCUGGGAACCACGUACUCGUGCGUUGGUGUCUUUGACCAGGAAAGAUGCGAAAUCAUUGCCAACGACCAGGGCAACCGGACGACGCCUUCGUACGUCGCCUUCACUGACACGGAGCGUCUGAUUGGUGAUCCCGCCAAGAAUCAAGUUACCAAGAACCCCGAGAACACCGUAUUUGAUGCCAAGCGAUUGAUUGGCCGCAAGUUCAACGAUCCGGAAGUCCAGUCCGACAUUAAGCACUUCCCGUUCGAAGUCGUUGAUCAGGAUGGCAAGCCUGUCAUUCGGGUGAAUUACAUGGGCCAGGUCAAGGUUUUCACGCCCGAAGAAAUUUCAUCCAUGAUUCUCAUGAAGAUGCGUGAGAUUGCGGAAGCCUACAUCGGUGAACCCGUUACCAAUGCCGUCAUCACCGUCCCAGCCUACUUCAAUGACUCUCAGCGUCAGGCCACCAAAGAUGCCGGUCUUAUCGCUGGCCUGAACGUCCUCCGUAUCAUCAACGAGCCCACUGCCGCCGCCAUCGCCUACGGUUAUGACAAGAUUCGGCCUGAAGACAAGGACAAGGACGAAGUAGAACGCUACAUUCUAAUCUUUGAUCUCGGCGGUGGUACUUUUGAUGUUUCCCUCCUGGUUGUGACUGGCGGCGUGUUUGAAGUCAAGGCGACCGCUGGUGACACCCACCUGGGUGGUGAGGACUUUGACAACAGACUUGUCAACCACUUUGUCCUCGAAUUCAAACGAAAGCACAAGAAAGAUCUCACCACCAACUCGCGCGCCCUGCGACGUCUCCGAAGUGCCUGCGAGCGUGCCAAGCGAGUUCUGUCUUCGGCGUCUCAGACCUCGAUCGAGAUUGACUCACUUUUCGAGAAUAUCGACUUCUACACGUCCAUCACCCGGGCUCGUUUCGAAGAGCUUUGCCAGGAUCUCUUCCGAUCCACCAUGCAGCCCCUAGACCGCGUCAUUUCCGACGCCAAGAUUGACAAGAACCAGGUCCAUGAGAUUGUUCUCGUCGGUGGCUCUACGCGUAUUCCCCGCGUCCAGAAGCUCAUUACCGAUUACUUCAACGGCAAGCAGCUCAGCAAAUCCAUCAACCCUGACGAGGCUGUCGCGUACGGUGCUGCCGUCCAGGCCGCUAUCUUGUCUGGUUACAACUCCCAGACGACCAACAGCAUCCUGCUGCUGGACGUCGCUCCUCUGUCCCUGGGCAUUGAGACUGCUGGUGGCAUGAUGACCAAGCUGAUUCCCCGCAACACCACGAUCCCCACCAAGAAGUCCGAGGUCUUCUCCACCUUCUCCGACAACCAACCCGGUGUGCUCAUCCAGGUGUAUGAGGGCGAGCGGCAGCGUACCAAGGACAACAACCUGCUCGGCAAGUUUGAGCUCACCGGCAUCCCGCCCGCUCCCCGCGGUGUCCCGCAGAUCGAGGUCACGUUUGAUCUCGACGCCAACGGCAUCAUGAACGUUUCUGCCGUGGAGAAGGGCACCGGCAAGUCCAACAAAAUUGUCAUCACGAACGACAAGGGCCGCCUUUCAAAAGAUGAGAUUGAGCGUAUGCUUGCCGACGCCGAGAAGUACAAGGAGGCUGACGAGGCCGAGGGUCGCCGUGUUGCCGCGAGAAACGCGCUCGACCACUACGCCGCCAACCUGCGCACCACGCUCCAGGAGCCUGGCGUUGACGAGAAGCUUGACGCCAGCGACAAGGAAAAGCUUGCUGCCGCGGCCGACAUCAGCUCUUGGCUUGAGCAGAACGAGCAGGCCAGCGCAGAGGAAUAUGAGGCUCGCCAAAAGGAGAUUGAGGCUAUUGCCAACCCCAUCAUGAUGAAGUUUUACGGAGCUGGAGGCCAGGCCGGCGGUAUGCCCGGCGGCAUGCCCGGUGGCCCUGGCGGUUUCCCAGGCGGUGCCGGCGGUGCCGGCGGUGCUGGCGGCCACGGCGGCGAUGACGGCCCGACCGUCGAGGAGGUUGAUUAA